UUGUGAGUGGGUUUACCUGGAGUGUGUGACGGCGCUUUUCCCCAAGUGAUUUUCUCUAUUUGUGAAAAGAAUUCUAGAAAACUAUUGAAAUCCUCAAGAAAUUUUGUGCUGUGAUGUGCAUAUCAAAGCAAAAACAACAAAAUACAUCAAAGAGUUCAACAUUAAUUGUGCGAAAGCACUCAGGGCCGCAGCUGUCCACUUAAGUGCAGUGUAGCAACAACAACCGCAUUAGAGUGCUAUUAAAAAGUAUAAAAUUGAGAAUAAUAUCUGAUUUUAAUAGCUAUUUUUUGGUGGAGUCAAAAGCAAUUCAUCUCGUUAAACACCAGUUUCUUUGAGCUAACGCCGUUUCGAGUGGAGCUGUGCGCACUACGAAAUUACAAAAACAACUAGAAUAGUUGGGUGCUUACGAAUCAGAAGUUCUCCCUGUUGGAUUGUAGAAGUUCGUCGUCAACAUAGCGAAGAAAUCGCGUCAGAUGUCCACUGGCGUGGCGGUGGGUGGCGGCGGUGAUGGCACCGUAACUGUGGUUACCACCACAGCCAACGGCGCGGAGGAACACAAUGCCGCCAAUACGUCCACAGGCAGUGCGGGUGCCAGCGGCGCAGUAGGCAAGUCAGGACAAAUAACUUUAACGCCACGUUUCACGCAAGAAGAGAAGGAGAUACUCUACAGUCUGUUCCAUGAGCACGAAGAGGUCAUCGAUAUUAAAUUCAGAAAGAAGCAGCGUUCCAAAUACUCGGUGCGUGAUGCCUGGGAAAAAAUUGUGCACGAGUUCAAUACACAUCCGGGUGUUAGCGCUAUGCGAAACCUGAAGCAAAUCCAAAAAUUCUGGCUCAAUGCAAGACUCCGCAAGCAGUACCCCUUCCGUCCAAGUGGUCAGAAAGACGCAAACGGCUCACAAGCAAGCAUCGAUUCGGAUCGCCCAGAAGUAGUAAAUCAUGAGAUUAAGGAUGAGCCCGAUUUCCAGGUCACCAACAUAGACCCCGAUGAGCAUGGCAGCCAGAAUGAGGCUUUCGAAGAGAUCGAGAUGGAUACUAGUGACGGUGUGGGACAGAUAGAGCAGGAACCCAUUGAUCCGCUACAGCAGCAACAGCAACAACUACAACAGCAGCACCAGCAACAGGUGCUUCAACAGCAUGUACAGCAACAACAGCAGCAGCAGCAACAACAACAACAACAGACCAUACAGACACAACAGAUAUCGGUGGAUCAAAUCAGCGCCGAAAAGCUGACACUAAACGAUUUGCUACAAUUCAAAACAACGCGCCCACGCGAAGACAUCAUUCUGCAGAUAAAACAUCCCGUUGAUUCGAACACCACCCAUAUCACUAUACCUUCGCCAACGCGCAUCACUAUACCCAGCCAGCACCAGCCGCAGCAUCACACAAUCACCGCCAUGCCCGCGACCGCCUACAAUCAGCAGAUCAUCAGCGAGAUCAAGCCACAGCAAAUAACACUUGCCCAAUACCAGGCGCAGCAGUUGCAGCAACAGCAUCUUGCCCAGCACCAGCUCGCGGUUGCUGCACAGCAGCAGCAGCAACAUCAACAGCAGCAACAACAACAACAGCAGCAGCAUCAAAUGAAAAUGCAACUGCAAUCGCCAGCGACCGCACAGUUCGCGACUGCUACACCGACAUUCACUUGCGCAACACUGCACGCGUUGCCCGUGGCCACGGCACCGGCGCCGGCACCCGUCGUGCCGACGGUUAGUGUAAGCAAUGCCGCAGCAGCAGCCACGGCGCAGGGAAACACCACCAUCACGGUGGAGUCAUUCGAGGAGAAAGUGCAGUACUUCCGAUUGAAGGAGGCCGAGCUGCGCUACAAAGAAACGCAAGUGACGUUGGAAAAGAAGAAAAUAGAGCUCAGUCGUGCACAGGAAGAUUUGAAGCAUUUGCGCGAGGUGCACCGUCUACAGGUGGAAGAGCUGAAGAUGAAGAUACGCAUCUUGCAGGAAGAAGAGAAGCUGCUGCGCAAGAGCCCAAGCUCAGUGCAAGUAUAGGACGGGGCCAGUUGGCCGCUGCUUUGUGGGGGAGUUGAAGGGAGGAGAGAGAGAAUUGAUUAUGCAUUAUUGGUUAUCUAAUAAGAUAUCGGUUAAGUUUUUCUUUUAUACUAGAAAUAAAAUUUUAAACUCACAUUUACAUUUAAACGAAUACUAGUUUUCUAAACUUAAUGCAAAAACAAGUUCAAAUUGUUACAUUUUGGUAUUCUAUAUCUUCUUGGAAUUAAGAUGUACGAGGAAGUAUUGCUGAGUAUUUCGUAAAGGAAUGUAAUUUAAUUUAACUGUAAAGCGUCGGGGCGACGAAAAUAUAUCGAAUUGUAUAUAAUAAGUUAUUUAUCUCGAAUAAAGAGAAAACUGACAUCCACUUCA